UUCUUCAUCAUCACCACCACCCACCACAACUAUAUAUAUAUACCACUUUUAUUCAUUUUUGUAGUCUUCUCAGUUAUAUAUAUUUAUAUAUUUUCAGUUAAUUGCUUAUUGGUCCUUGAAGAGUUGAUAAAUAUGUUUAUUGGGAAAGUGGUGGAUGCAUUGAGUGGUGGAAAUAAUGAUGAUAAGAAGAUGAUAAAUGGGAAAGUUGUUUUGUCGAAAAAGAAUGUGUUGGAGUUCAAUCCAUUGGCUACUUCAGUUAAUGCAGGCUCUGCUAUUUUGGAUCGAGUCGUCGAGUUCUUAGGUGGUGGAGUUUCUCUACAGCUUGUUAGUGGUCACAAUGCGAACAAAGUUGGUAAAGAAACAAAGUUGGAAGAUUGGGUUACUUCUGCACCAACCAUAAUACCGGGAGACUCAGUAUUUAAAGUGAGUUUCGAGUGGGACGAAUCUAUCGGAGUCCCUGAAGCUGUGAUCUUCAAGAACAAUCACGUUGAAGAGCUCUUCCUCAAGACCAUUACCCUUGAUGAUGUUCCUGGUGAAGGUGUUGUUCAAUUCAUUUGCUAUUCUUGGGUUUACUCAGCCAACAAAUACGACUACGAUCGUGUAUUUUUCAGAAACAAGUCAUAUCUUCCAAGUGCAACACCAGCACCAUUGCUUAAGUACAGAAAGGAAGAGCUUCAGAACUUGAGAGGAGAUGGAAAAGGAGAGCGUAAAGAGUGGGACAGAGUCUAUGACUACGAUGUGUACAAUGAUUUGGGUGAACCUGACAAAGGUGAGGACUUUGCUCGUAAAAUUCUUGGAGGGAAUAGCGAGUUUCCUUACCCUCGGAGAGGAAGAACAGGCAGACCACCCACCAAAACAGAUCCUAAAAUUGAGAGUAGGCUAAAGGCAGUGAAUCUUACAAAACCACUAGAUCCUGUUGAAUCUUUAGACAUUUAUGUUCCAAGAGAUGAAAGAUUUGGUCACUUGAAGAUGUCAGAUUUUCUUGCUUACGCAAUUAAGGCUUUAUCUCAUGCCGUCGUACCUGCUCUAAAGCAUUUCUUCGAUGAAACUCCAAACGAGUUCGAUAAAUUCCAAGAAGUACAUGAGUUGUAUGAAGGAGGAUUGGAGUUACCAACAAAAGUAUUUGAUAAAAUAAGGAAAGCUGUUCCGGACGACAUGUUGAAAGAGUUGCUCCGAUCUGAUGGUGAAAAAUUCCUUGAAUUUCCUAUGCCUGAUGUUAUCAAAGAGAGUAAAUCUGCAUGGAGAACAGAUGAAGAAUUUGGAAGAGAAAUGCUUGCUGGUGUUCACCCUGUCCUCAUUGCCAGCCUUAAAGAAUUCCCACCCACCAGCAAGCUAGACAAGAAAUUGUAUGGUGAUCACACUAGCAAAAUUACAAAAGAACACAUUCAAAAUUACUUGGAGGGGCUUGAUGUAGAUACGGCACUGAAUCAAAACAAACUAUUCAUAUUGGAUCACCAUGAUUCAUUCAUACCAUACAUGAGGAGGAUAAACACAACUCUUACAAAGGCUUAUGCAACUCGAACAAUCCUCUUUUUGACUAAGGAUGGCACAUUAAAGCCUAUUGCCAUUGAAUUAAGCCUACCACAUCAAGAUGGUGAUGAACAUGGUGCAGUUAGUAAAGUAUAUACUCCAACUGAAGAAGGUGUUGAAGGCACCAUUUGGCAAUUGGCUAAAGCUUAUGUAGCUGUAAAUGAUGUUUGCUACCAUCAAGUCUAUAGUCAUUGGUUGAAGACACAUUGUGUGAGUGAGCCAUUUGUGAUAGCCACAAAUAGGCAAUUAAGUGUACUACAUCCAAUUCACAAACUAUUACAACCCCAUUUUCGUGAUACUAUGAACAUAAAUGCACUUGCUAGGCAGACUCUUAUCAAUGCAGAUGGUCUUGUUGAGUUAGCAUUUUUUCAAGGAAAGUAUGCUAUGGAAUCAUCAUCAUUGAUUUAUAAAGAUUGGGUUUUUACUGAGCAAGCACUCCCAACAGAUCUUCUUAAAAGAGGAGUGGCAGUAAAGGAUGAAAAUUCUCCACACGGACUUCGUCUUCUAAUAGAGGACUAUCCUUAUGCUGUUGAUGGGCUAGAGAUUUGGUUUGCAAUUAAUUCAUGGGUUAAAGAAUAUUGCUCGUACUACUACAAGACUGAUGAUACAAUUCAAAACGAUACAGAAAUUCAAGCAUGGUGGAAAGAAAUUAGAGAAGUCGGUCAUGGCGAUAAGAAAGAUGAAACUUGGUGGCCAAAAAUGCAAACCAUUGAGGAACUUGUGGAGUCAUGCACCACAAUUAUAUGGAUAUCUUCCGCUCUUCAUGCAGCUGUUAACUUUGGACAAUAUGCUUACGAAGGGUUCCUUCUAAAUCGCCCUACAUUAAGUCGAGAGUUUAUGCCCGAAAAGGGUACUCCAAAGUACGAGGAACUUAAAUCUGACCCCGAAAAAGGUUUCUUAUCGAUAAUUACACCCGAAUUUCAAAGCCUUCUUGGGAUUUCCCUUGUUGAGAUUUUGUCAAGGCAUGCUUCGGAUGAAAUCUAUCUAGGGCAAAGAGAAAAUCCUGAUUGGACUUCGGAAUCGGAUCCUUUGCAAGCUUUUGAAAGAUUUGGAAAGAAACUUAGUGAAAUUGAAGACAAAAUUACAAGUAGAAAUAAAGAUAGGAAUAUGAAGAAUAGAGUUGGACCUAUUAGUUUUCCAUAUACUUUGCUUAUGCCUAAUGGUGAGGAAGGCCUCUCUGCCAAAGGAAUUCCCAAUAGCAUCUCAAUCUAAAAAUUGAUCUUAUUAUAUUAUAAUAUUUGUAUUGUUUUUCAUGUCUUUUUUCUUAUGUAAUAAUUCUCAACUUAUGCAUGCAUGUAUGUAUGAGUUUGAGUACAGCAUUAAUUAAUAAAUAAGUUUAUUUUAGUAAUUAUAUAUAAAAAUUUCACAUAUUUAAUUAAUAUAUAUAAAGGUAUUUCGAUAUAUUUAA